GGCCUCGCAGUCGCGUCCAGUUGGCCAAGCGGAUCGGUUAACGAAGCGUUUCUGACGGGGAUCGACAUCGGCAUCGACAUAGACAUCGACAUCUCGGGGUACAAACAUGAUAAUCCUCGCAGUGCUCGGCCUGAUCUUGGGCAUUCUGAUGGCCCUGGCGGCCGUGGCGCUGAAGCUGUUGGGCCUGAAGCCUCCACUGAUCUUCGACAAGUACCCACUGAAGGGCCUCUUUUACCGGGUGAAGUACUGGAUCGCCUUGCUGGUCCUUCGGCGCCUGAGGUACCGCAUCUAUCACCGAAACGAGGAGCUGCUCGGGUCCGAGGAGCACCUGGCCAAGGUCGACAGACCGCAGCAGCUCAGCAACGACCCCAAGAGCUACGACGUGGUCAGCUUCAUGGCCGCCAACAAGGACGGCCAGAAACUGCUGGUCACCUUGGAGCGAAGGAGGCGCGGAGUCCUGAAGGCGGCCCUGUACCUGUGGCUUCCCGAAAGCGGCCUGUUCAGUUCCCCCAACCUGCCCGACAUGGUGCAUUUCACCACCGACGAUGGAGCGGAGAGCAGCGAAUUCCAGGGCGGAGGCUUCCACGUCUUCCAGGAGGCAUCCAUGAGGGUUUGGCGCAUAAAGUACUGCGGAGCGCUGAAGAGUCAAGGGCCGGAGGUGCAGAACGUGCCCGUGGAUUUGGACCUCCGAUUCGAAAGCUCCUCCGCCGAGCACUUCGACUACAGCAGGGAUCUGAGCAGCUCCCUGAUAGCCGACUCCAUAGCCAGGGAGGCAUGGAAUGAGAAGUUCUACAGCCUGCUGCGGAGCGUCAACCACAUCCUGGAGAAGCGAACCCACUACGAACAGAACGGCGAGCUGGCGGGCAAGGUCACCCUCGCUGGUAGGCAAGUGCCCCUGAAAAUGGUUGGCUUCCGGGACCACAGCUUCGGCACCGAGCGCUGCCUGAGCUCCAUCAACCGGUACGUGUACUUCGCCCUCUUCAUGGACGACGGCAGCAGCAUGGUGGUGGGCAGCCUCAGCCAGCCGUCCUUCUUCCUCUCCUCCCUGAAGGUGGGCUACGUGUGCAGCCCCGCGGGCGAGUAUCACCCGCUGACCGGCAGCAAUUUCGAGCUGUACUCCUACGGCGAGAAGGGCACCCCGCCGCAGCACCAGAACUUCAUUGUGCGCACCGAGGAGCGCGAGUAUCUCGUGCAGAUCCAGGUGGAGGCCUCCGCUGUGCGGUACGUGGGCGGCGACUGGGAGUCGAAGGUGUUCAACCAGUUUGUGGCCUGCACGGUCAACGGCGUUUCCGGCCAGGGCCACGCCGAGUUCCUGUAUCGCCACAAGGGCGGCAGGCCGCAGGACAUAUCCUCCGGGGAUCCCAGCUGGUACCGGGACAUCAAGCGCUUCGAGAGGAGCCUGACGUUGCUGGAGGAGGAGGGGGCGGACGUGGACUUCGUCUUCUAGGCAUCCUAGUCCGCGGCAUCAUUUCUGUUUUCAGUUUAAGAUAGCAUGUACAUAUUUGGGGACCCUAUCGGAAUAAAAGUGUUUUUGAAUGGCUUUAAAGCAUCUGAA